ACUCACCACUCUUCCCAUCUGUUUUGCUUCUACCGUGUUGUGCAACCAUCGAGUGUGAUUUUUGCUCCUUGCCUGGCCAAAAAUCAAUAAAAUUCCUUCAAAUUGUUCAAUUGUUAUGGCAUGUACUCGUAGAUUAUUACCAUCUCUUGUCAUAAAUUCUCUAACAAAACGUUCAUUUAUGAUGUCUUCCAAACUACGAGCUGAAGAAGUCCUCGAUGACAUUAAAACCAAAAAUCCCUACUUUGAAAAAUAUGCUGCCAAAAUAGCAGCUCUACAAAAAACAUCACCCGAUGAGUUUGUGGAACGAAUGGAAAAAGUUGUUACCAUCAAAGAAGCUAAGAAAAAGAAGGAAAAUCGUGAUUACUCUGAACUUUUGAACCCAAAGAAACCUGUCAAAGAGGUGACAGGUGAAAUCCCCCAUAAAAAGCUCUCAGACAUCAUGAAACUGGAACUUGUCGAAGACAAAUCUGCCGACGAAUUAAAACAAAUUUGGUACGAAUAUCACAAAACCAAAGAUGUGAUUGCUGCCACUUUGACCAUCGAGCAAUUUGAUACUCUGAUGACCCGUGCAAAGCAACAUCCAAUUUUCAUCCUUCCCCUGCCUCGCAGUGAAGGAUUUGAGAUCUUUUUGUUGCAAUUUUCAGCAAAUACUGUUCAUUUUACACCUCUUUUAGCUUAUCAGAUUCACAAUGAGAACGCACCUGAAUGCCUCAACAUUGUCCAUUACACCGAGGUCAAGGACAAAGGAGUGAUUCUGAUGAGAGGUGAAUACGACAGCAAGGUACUUACCGGCCAGGAAGCACAGUGCUUAGCUAAUGAACUUCAAAUGUUCUAUUGCAUGAAUGAUCCGGCCAAGUUGAAGGUCUUGGAGACUUUCACCAAACAGCCAGAUAGCUUCAAGCACAUGGAUUUGAUCAAACAAGUUGAAGAAAUUCAAUUGAAAUAGAUUUUAAAAAAAUGCAUAAAGUUCAA